AUAUAUAUAUACAUACAUAUAUAAGGAGAGGACUAAUAUAUAAGAACGUAAGCAAUUAGGUAUUUCUACAUGACCUUGUUACAUAUAAUCUAUAUCUUAUAUAAGGCUCCAUUUAUUUUCCACAGAAAUAAAGUCAGCAGUUACGGAACCAUUUGCAUGUGCAUGUAUGCAAUGGUAGUAUAUAAAGAUGAGAGGCUGUUCAAGCAUAUAUUAUGUAUUAUUAUAGUAUUUGCAAUUACAGUAAAUCAUUUGAGAGACGAGAGUAAAGAGAAAGAAAGCAUGGCGGAGGUUAGAAAUAAGCAAGUGAUUCUCAAGAACCAUGUGGUGGAUCGGUUUCCUAAGGAAGAUGACAUGCACGUGACCUCUGAAGCUACCAUUAAGCUCAAGCUUCCGCAUGGUCACACUGGCGUUCUUGUGAAGAACCUCUACUUGUCCUGCGAUCCCGUUCAGCGACUUCUUAUGCAUAACAAGCAGUUGAUCUUACAGUACCCUAACUAUACCCCUGCCUCUCCUUUAAGUGGGUAUGGAGUGUCUAAAGUGUUGGAGUCGGGACAUCCAGAGUUGAAAGAGGGUGACUUAGUUUGGGGGUUCACACGAUGGGAAGAAUACAGCCUCAUCGACAGGCCUGAAAGCCUCAUCAAGAUCCGCCAUACUGAUGUACCUCUUUCAUACUAUGCUGGAAUCCUUGGUAUGGCCGGUUUGUCUGCUUAUGUUGGAUUCUACGAAAUAUGUAAUCCUAAGAAAGGAGAAAAGGUGUUCAUAUCGGCUGCAUCUGGUGCAGUUGGUCAGCUUGUUGGCCAAUUCGCUAAAUUGUUGGGUUGUUAUGUUGUUGGAAGUGCUGGAAGCAAAGAAAAGGUGGAUCUACUGAAAGAAAAGUUGGGAUUUGACGAGGCAUUCAAUUACAAAGAAGAGGGAGAUGAGUUGGAGGCGACUUUAAAGAGGUACUUCCCACAAGGCAUAGAUAUUUACUUUGAUAAUGUGGGAGGGAAAACACUUGAUGCAGUGCUUGUGAACAUGAGAGACCAUGGUCGCAUUGCUGCAUGUGGAAUGAUCUCUCAGUACAAUGUGGGAGUGGAAGAGUCGGAAGGUGUCCAAAAUUUGAUGCAAGUGGUGCUCAAGAGGAUCACUCUCAAGGGAUUUAACGUUAAUGAUUAUAUCCAUCUCUAUGAGGACUACUUGGAUUAUGUGCUGCCUUACAUCAGACAAGGCAAGAUUGUCUAUAUGCAAGACAUUGCUCAAGGCCAUCUUGAUGCUGCACCUUCACUCCUUAUUGGACUCUUCUCUGGUCGCAAUCUUGGAAAACAACUCCUGUUGUGGUUCUCUGACCACUUUAGAGAAGAAAUAUGAGAAGAAAAAUAAAAG